AUGGAUGUUUUGUUACCUGUCGAUUGUUUACUUUUAUCUCAUUUAAAAUUGUAUGUGUUAGGUGAAUUUCAUGAAGUUGAUUGGGAUAAUAAUUGUGAUGAAUAUGGUGAAUUUUGGUUUGAAAAUGGUGAUAUUUUUUAUGUAGAUGAUACAAUCUUACCAUAUAUAGAUGCAUUGGAGGAAUAUACAAAAUAUCAAGAAGAAAAUUUCUAUACAGACUUACCCUAUGUUAAGGAGAUAU